CGGAGCGGUCUCGGAGUGCUGCUGCUGGAGCUCUGUUCUGGCCUUGUUCCCUCAGCCCUUCCUGCCAGAUUUUAAUGUUUUUAUGAUAUGGAAGAAUCAUCUUGGAAGCUGUUCAAGUAAACAUAUAUAUAUAAUCUACAGUUCAUUCUCCAGAGUUAAAAGUUUAUGCAGCUUAAAAAGCUGCCUAUUGGCCAUCAUGAGUUCAUCCUCUCCAGUAAACCACUCUGUCACAGAAGCUAGAAGCUUACAUAAUGGCGAAUGUGAGUUACUACAGAAGAGCAGUGAAUCGGAAUCAGAUGCUGUUUUGGUUCUGAGAUGGAGACUUCUUCAAGCUAAAAAGGAAAAUUUGGAUUUAACUAUUCAACACAAUCAAGAAGUGUCCAACUAUGAAAAACAGAUAAUCAAACUGCGGUCAGAAUUUGAGAGAGGAGAGGCCAUUCGACAAAGCUUGGAGUAUGAAUUGGCAGUUACCAGAAAAGGUGCCCAUCUGAAAAUGUGUACUGCAGAAGAAGAAUUAAGUGAUGCAAAAAACAAACUUGUGGAGUUGCAAGUAUUCAAUGAAAACCUUCAGCAGAAAGUGACAGAGACUGAGAAAACGUUUCAUAAUGCUCAACAGAAGUGGGAAGAAGAACAGCAAAGACUUACAAGGGCGAAGGAUGAUAUCAGCAGAAUUUAUAACAAUGAAUAUGUAUUCCUUCUUAAGGAAAGAAAUGAAGUAGAAGCAAUUUUACUGGAGCUGAAUAAUGAACUGCGAAAUACACGCAAGAAAUUGAGAGAUGUGGAGGUGGAACACAGUAGCUGUAAUGAGGUGCUGAGAUGCCAGGCCAAUGAACUUAAAUGCAGCACUGAACGAGAGAAGAAACUUAAAAAGGAACUUGAAGCAGCUGCAGCAAGAGCAAAGAAACUUGAAGAAAACAUUGAAGCAGAGAGAGCAGCACAUUUAGCAUCCAAUUUCACUUCAGAGAUCAUCCAGUUAAGAAUUCGAGAACUUGAAGAAGCUGUGCACGUGGAAGAGGACAGACGAGAAGAAGCUCUUUCAGACUUAGAAAUGAUCAAGAAAGAGUUCAAAAGGUUAGAAUCUGCAUAUGAGAUGGAAAAACGCAAUGCCCAAGAGAACUUGGAAAAGCUCAAUGUAUUAGAAAGAGAGUGUUUCUCCUCAAACAAUCAAAUGAAAGAAGUGAUUGAAGAAAAGGAGAAGGUAAUUAUAGACCUCUCUGCAAGACUCAGGAAUGCUGAAGAAAGCUGCAGAGAAUUACAGAGUGAACUUGCAAUGGCCAAGAAACACCAGGUCUAUCUAACAGAGACGUAUGAAAACAACAUGAGAGAGCUGGAGUUACUCUUGGACAGCUUUGCUAUGUCAGGCCAGCGGACAGCAGGCACUUGUGAGGACAAAGAUAAACCUCUGAGCUGCUCUGUCAUUGAGACUUUGAGGUGUACCUUGACAGCUUACCAGAACAAGCUGGAAGAUAUGUCUAAUGAGAGUAGUCACUGUGCCUCUUUGGAACAUUACUGCUUUUUACAGUAUCUUGAGAAAACAACGGCCUUGUGUAAAAAGGGGACAAAUGAACUUGAAGUAUCUGAGGAGAAAAUGUGUGCUUUAAGACAAGACCUUAAGGAAGCUCAGGAUAGCUUGGCUGAUGCCAAUAAAGAGUUAAAUCAUCUGCACGCUAAGUGUGCAGACAGAGAGACUUUAAUAGAAACUUUAAAAAUGGAACUACAGGAUGUUCAGCAAUGCUGGGAGAAAGAGCAAGUACGUGCCACAGAAUCUGAGAAUGAAAUCCAGAAGCUUACCAGGGCUUACCAGAAGGAUAUGGAGGAGAAACUAACCUUCCUUCAUAGAUUAUACCAGCAUUUGAUAGCAGGCUGUGUGCUUAUAAAACAACCAGAAGGCAUCCUAGAUAGAUUCUCUUGGCCUGAGCUUUGUGUAGUCUUGCAGGAGAAUGUUGAUGCCCUGAUCUCAGACCUCAACAGGGCUAAUGAGAAGAUAUCUCACCUGGAAUAUGUUUGUAAAAACAAGUCCAAUACUAUGAAGGAGCUUCAGCAGAGCCAGGAAGAUGCUUUUAACAAAAUGGCUGAACAGAUGAAAGCACAGGAAAGCUGUUGGCAGAAUGAAAAAAAGUAUCUGGAACAGCAGUACUCAGGUCUCCUUGGGGAAGUUCAUGCAAGGGCACAGGAAUACCAAGAAACAGCAGAGAAAAAUAAGGAAAAAAUUUAUGUCCUUGAAAAAAGUCAAGAAAAAUUGGCUCUUGAAACCAUCUCUGUAAAAAAGAUGUUAACACAGUUUCAGAAGGAGCAUUCCUCGCUCUUGGCAGCCUGUGCACUAUUGGCAGGUGCCCUGUAUCCUCUGUAUGGCCGAUUGUGUGCUAUGUCUUCCCAAAGAAAUCUCCUUCAGGAUCAGGUCAACAUUUAUGAAUUAGCGAACCAGAAGAUUAGGACUCUAAUUCAUGCUCUCUCUGAUGACAAGGAAAACAGUCAAGAUGAAGCAAAACUAAAGAAAAGAAAAUCCCAAGGCCUGAUUUAUGUAUUCCGAAGAGCUGUGAUUGCAGUUUUGGCAGCCAACAGACUUAAAGUCCUAGCACAGUCUUGUAGUACCCUCUUCACCUGGACAAAUGGCUUAAAAGAAGGCAUUGGAAUUCCAGUUUAUGUAGGAGAAUCCAAAGGCAAGCGUAAUCUGUCAAGUUGUGAAGAGGAAGAGCUUGACUGUGUGGAAGCACUCAGCUGGUUUGCUAGUUCCAACCUCCUUGCUGCAAUAAUCAGUUCCGUUGCUGAGUUGCAGGAUGUCGUUAACAAACCAGGUACGAAGUCCUGGCUUUCUGGAAAGUUACUUUUAAGUGCAGCCAAGAAUUCAUUUUCAAAACUUAUGAACAAGCUGGAUGUUAUAAUGGAGGCGGUUCCAUUAGACCACAGCAAGUACUUUACUUAUCUGGAGAAAGACUCCUUGGUACAGAGCCUGGCUCAUGGACUUAAUAAAAUAAAUACCCAGGCCCUGGAAGCUGGAUUGUGUGACAGAGUAUCCAGUAUGAAAAACAUAGAAUCCUUGCAGAAGCAAAUAAUUGAAUUUACAGAAAGACUUCAUACAGCAGAAGUGGAACGUCGCUCACUGCGCCUACAACUUACAGAACUCAAAUCAGAUUUCAGUGAGGUGAAAAAAGAAGCAGACAAAGCACAGAGCCUGCAGGAGCAAUCAAAUAUGCUUAAGCAAAAAUUAUUCACCCAUGAGAGGUUUGAAAGUGUAUGUGAAGAAUUAAAUAAUGCAUUACAUCGGGAGCAUCAGGCACAAUUGCUUUUGAAUGAACAAGCACAACAGCUACAGGAGUUAAAUAAUAAACUAGAAUUGCAAUCCAGUGAAGAAGCAGAUAAAACUCAAGUCUUAAGUGAAUCUGUAAAGAGUCUCUCCGAGGCAACGAUGGAGCUGAGAAGAAGAGAUCGAUUUCUGCGUCAGCAAAAUAGACUUCUUACCCAGCUGGAGCAGGACAAGCGUCGACUGAGCGAGAGCAUCCGUGAUGCAGAGAGUGCCCUCUGCACGGCAGCAAAAGACAGAGAAUUGAUCAUUAGUCAUAUGAAAGCUGUGGAAGACACUCUUCAUAAGGUCAGAGAUCAGGCCUUGCUGCCAUGUACUGCAGCAGCCACGAAUGACUUCACCCUGGAGCUACCCAAACUGCACCUGGAGACCUUUUCAGAGGAAAGGCUGAAGGGCAGGCCAGAGGCUGCAGCAUUUCAGGCUGUGAUUCAAAGUUUCAUGGAAGUCUACCAACUUGUAGUUUCCAGAGUUGCAAUAUUAGUGAGAGAAACAGAAUCUCUUCAGCUUCACAUUGCAGCCCUAACGCCCAGGCUCCAAACAGCUAAUCUUCACGAAAGUGACCUUACAAAUGAAAACAAGGCGUAGUUCAAACAUCAGCAUGGCUCCAAGCUAGAAAUUCAGCCUGACCAGAGUUCUAUCCCAGACUUUUUGGCAUUGCAAGCUGAACCUGACACAUCCUACAGUGUUAUGCAAAACAGAGACAGUUCUCUGUCUUCAAUCUGUUUCUUCAGCCCGGAUGUCACAUCCAAUCCUAGAAGAACAAUGGAAAAUGGAUUUUCGGAUUCUUAGUAUCA